CAAUUUAUCGACCAACCACCACGCAACAUACGACCCAGCUGUUCACCACUAACAGGAAAAUAAACAAACAUCAAAAUGGCGAGAAAUGCAGAGAAAGCAAUGACAACGUUAGCGCGUUGGCGCGCCGCAAAAGAAGAUGAAUCUGGGGAAAAGGAACGCCGGCCAUACUUGGCUUCGGAAUGCUCUGAUCUGCCCAAGUGUGAGAAGUUUCGACUGGAAAUAAUACGCGAAAUAUCCAAAAAAGUAGCACAAAUACAGAACGCUGGUUUGGGAGAGUUUCGAAUACGUGAUCUUAACGAUGAGAUCAACAAGCUGCUGCGUGAGAAGCGGCACUGGGAGAAUCAGAUAUCCUCCUUAGGCGGUCCACAUUAUCGACGCUAUGGUCCGAAAAUGUUUGAUGCUGAGGGACGCGAAGUGCCUGGCAAUCGAGGUUACAAAUAUUUUGGAGCUGCCAAAGAUUUACCAGGCGUGCGCGAGCUCUUUGAACAGGAUCCACCUCCGCCACCGCGAAAAACGCGUGCCGAAUUAAUGAAAGACAUUGAUGCCGAAUAUUAUGGCUAUCGUGAUGAUGAAGAUGGCGUGUUAAUACCACUGGAGGAGAAGAUUGAGCGCGUAGCUAUGCAGAAGGCGGUGCAGGAGUGGCGCGAGAAAAUGGCACGCGACGGUCGCAUUAUUGAUGACGAAGAGGAAGACGAAGAGAUCUAUCCCUUGUCUGGACCUGCGCGCGAAGCUGCCGAGGAUGCUAAACAACGAGCAACUGAGAACGAUCCACAUGGUCUGCUGGCGCCACGUUUUACUGCCCAUGUGCCCGUGCCUACGCAACAAGAUGUGCAAGAGGCGCUGCUGCGUAAGCGUAAGGAGGAACUGUUACAGAAAUAUGUAGGAACAGCCAAUUGAAUAA